CUGUUGUCUGCGGAGGGGGAGCCUGUGGACUGGGACACGGUGUUGGCAGCCAAGGAAGUGCAGCAGCAAAACCCUGAUGAGGGUUUUGCUGCUGAGGGUUUUGCUGCUGCUGCUGCUGCUGCUAAAGACCCCCAGGAGGCCCCCAGUGAUUUCGAAGCCUCGCUGCGCGAAUUGGAAGAGACAUGGAAAAGAGCCCACGCCAACGGUGAAAUUGACGCUGAAGAGCUGGGGCUGUUUCAGUCCAUUUUCAAGUCUGAAGACAUGGAAAGAAUUCUCGAGCAAGACCCCAAGGAAAGGAUUGAGGAAAUGUUCGAUGUUUCCAUGGGAGAUGCUACCGAGGGCGAGGAGGCGUUGUUGGGUUUCAGCAGAGAAAACCCUUAUUUAGGGUCUGGCGAGGGUUUGGAAGCAGCAAACAAAUUAAUAAAAGAAGGAAAGCUGCAGCAGGCGGUUUGGGUUUUGGAAGCAGAAGUUCAGAAAAACCCUAGCAGCAGCGAGGGUUGGCGGCUGCUUGGCCAGUGCCACGCGGACAGGGAGCAGGAUGUGGAGGCGAUUCACUGCUUGAAGAAAGGCCACAGCGUUGACCCUUACAACCUCGACAGUCUCAUGGCUCUUGGGGUUUCUCUCACCAACGAGCUGGAUGUAUCUCAAGCCCUUCUUUAUCUGCGGACUUGGUUGACAAACCACGACGACUUCCAGAACCUGCCGGGCCUCUCCGAGCGGCCGCCGGAGGACUUUCACUUGCUGAAGGCAGAGCUGGUGUCUCUCUUCGAAGCAGCACUGCAGCAGCCAGAAGCAGCAGCAGCAGCAGCAGCAGCAGAACUGCACUCUGCUUUGGGGGUUUUGUACAACAUUGACAGGCACUACGACGAGGCCCUGCUGCACCUGGCUGAAGCCCUGAAACACGCGAAAGAAGAAGCAGUAGCAUCUUUGUGGAAUAAAAUUGGAGCCACUUUGGCAAACUCGGGAAGAUCUGCUGCUGCUCUUGUGGCUUAUUCCCAAACCCUCAAGUUGAAGCCAAACUACCCGAGGGCUUGGACCAACUUGGGGGUGGCCAAGGCCAACCUCGGGCAAAUGGAAGAAGCCCUGCAGCACUAUUUGGUGGCCCUCGAGCUAAACCCUGCAGCAACUCAUCUUUGGUAUUAUAUCCGCAGCGCCCUCAUUAGCCUAAGUAACUAA